AGUCUGACAGUGACAGUUCAACUUUAGUGCUUUAGUGUCAGAGGAGAUUCUUGGAAAACACUUUUCUUUUACAUUUUAACAUCAUAAUUACAUACAAUUUAAUUAAUUAUUCUCAUUUAUGGUGAUUAUAACGGCUUUAGCGUGUUAGGUAGGUAAUGCUUUCUUUCACAAUAAACGUGAUAAAACUAUGAAUGUGCCAUUUUAAGAUUUACUGAGGAAUGUUAAAAAAAGGUUUAUGCUCACUUUGAUUUGACAUCCACACAAAUGCCUAAAUGGUUGUUGAAGAGACUGUUAAAAGUAAGAAUAAGUACUUGUGUUUCUAUCAUAUUAUGUCUAAUAGGAAUCAUAUGCUUGCUGUCUUACAAAGGAGAAUACAACUACAAGCAUAUUCCAAGAGACGCCAUACAACAUGAAUUGUAUAAAGAAAUAUCACCGAACCUAGAGUUGAAGAAAACAAAACCGGACUGCACCUACGAUGAGAUACUUUCCAGCAAAGAAUCAAUACAAAACUGGCAGUUACCGACAAAGUUUGAUGACUUUUCUGCAGCCGGUAUUUCAAACGGAAGCUUCACCCCGGAGCACUGCAACCCUCUGUUCAGCGUGGCCAUACUGGUCACAUAUCGAAAUCGACAAAGUCAAUUGGACAUAUUCUUGCCGUACAUGCACAACUUCCUGAGGAAGCAAAACAUUCACUACAAAAUUUUCCUCAUCGAGCAGCAAGACAACAAGAACUUCAACAAAGGGCUGUUAUACAACAUCGGCGCGCGCGUGGCCAUGAGCGAGAAGUUCCCGUGCCUGGUGCUCCACGACGUGGACACGCUGCCGCUGGACGCCGCCAACCUCUACGCCUGCCUGCGCCAGCCGCGCCACCUCAGCGCCAGCAUCGACAAGUUCCGCUUCGUGCUGCCAUACUCGUGGCUGGUGGGCGGCGUGCUGGCCGUGCGUGCGGACCACUAUGCGCAGGUCAACGGCUUCUCCAACCGCUACGAGAAGUGGGGCGGCGAGGACGACGACUUCAGCAUGCGGAUCGAGAACAACGGCCUUCAAAUAUAUCGGCUGCCAGUGGAGAUGUCGCGGUACACGAUGCUGAUGCACCCGCCGGCGGCCAAGAACGAGCAGCGCGGCCGCCUGCUGGCCGACAGCGCGCGGCGCGGCGCGGCCGACGGGCUCAGCUCGGCGCGCUACGACAGCCUGCGCGUGACCCGCGCGCGCCUCGUCACGCAGCUCGCCGUGCGCUUAUGAUUCACGAUGCUCUUCGCGUAGGUACACACUUAUGCCUUGAUCACACGUACCGAGCAAACGGGCGAGACAGUGCUCUCGGCCGAGUACUCGGUGCGUAUGAACAUUACGCCGAGCGCUCGAGUAUGUGACUCGCUCACUCAACUGUCUCGACCGAGUAAACAUUUUACUGUGAUGUAAGCAAGUGCUGUUCACACGUGUUUUGAAAUUAGCACAGUCAGUUCAGUUCUAUUGAGACUUUUCUUUUUCUCUAAUCUGUGGACGAGACGUCAAUCAUUUGGCCGAGUGGCGAGUGGCGAGACAGUGCACGUUCAGACCUGCCGAGCGAGCGAGCGAGACAGUGCGGGGCAACGGGAGCGUGGAUACUCGGCCUAGUUAGUUGAACGAGAGUCGAGCUACUGUCUCGUCGCUUUGCUCGGCCGAGCACUCGGCCGAUCACUCGGCGCUAUGUUCAUACGUCUACUACUACAAGAGCACUGUCUCGCCCGUUUACUCAGUACGUGUGAUCAAACGGGCGAGACAGUAAAAUGUUUACUCGGUCGAGAC